CAAACUGCGAGCGAGACCGACGAUAUACGCGGGCGGGGGCAGUGAGUCUGGAGACCCCAGUCACGGGUGGUGCUUGGCUUCCCAUACCCUUUCGUACACCUUGUCCCGCAAGAGCUUUCUUCCCUUCAUCACUUCUCACAAUCCCGCGCUGCUCAACAUGCAGCGCUGAGCAAUGUUUACACAAUUCUGAACCUGUAAUCUCCUUCAUCUCACCGCAAGAACAGCAGUGCAGCCAUUGGCGCAGGGUUCAGCGCUGCUGCCUUCGCACGUCACCUGGGACUCGGCGAUCACUUCCUACCUGAGGAACAUCGCCUACAACAAUUUUCGAGACACUUAUACAGCGGCCUUUCUAAAGAUCAUCGCCUCGUCAACCGAGAGAGACCCAUCCUGCUCACUCAGAGGUGCUCAGAUGCCUGCUAGGCACUUAUGAAGAGGUGUUGAAGAUCGAACCCCCCUUAAUCUGAUCCUCGCAGCGCCAUGGCAUCACCGGGCACAGGAUAUGGGACUCCCGAGUCGGCUCCCGGCUCAAGUCUCUCCACGUCGUCCCGCCCUUUUUCGGACAGGUCGGAGAGCAUGUCCACAUCUGCACGCGGCGUGCGUUCAUCUGCGCUUUUCUCUCGACAGACGCAUGGCGUUAGUGCUCACUCAAGUCCAGAGGACUCUACGUCACACCUCACUACCUCGGCGCCUUCUCCAAGCGCUCCGGACACACCUGUGCUUCCACUUACACUAGCUGGCGCUGCUCGCUCUUUGACUGAUGAGCGAAGCGGCUCAGGCUUCGAGUCUUCGCCGGGACUGCCCAAAGGCUUGGCUCGUGGAGCCCCCAAGCGCGGCUUGAGCUUGGCAAUUUCUGCCUCGAAAGCCUCGAAUGAUGACUUGAAUGCACCGCCACAGACUGGCGUACCGCCUGAGCUCAAAGCUUUACUCUCACCCAAAGCUGCAUCACACGACAAGAUGCUCGGCGUCGGGGCGACCGGUGGCUCUGGAAGCCAAGGUGCCAGAGCUGGAGCUACGCCAAGUCCAUCCAGCAGGGUACGCAAACGGCCUGCUCGGCUGUCUCUCGCACCUCCAGGUCCCAGCUCGUCAGAAGCGAGGAGCGCUCCAAGCUCCCCAAUGUAUCUGACGCCUGCUCACUCAGGUGGCGAGUUGAGUUCUUCCGGAGGGGCCACGCAAGACGAGCGAAGGGAAGACGAAGCCAAAGAACUGCUUCGGGAGACGCUGCGAGGAACGCCUCGAAGGCGACCGAGCAUGCCCUUUGGGAGGCGACCUGCACCCCUUGCCUUGUCAAGCCAAAACCCCCCGGAGAAGCCAUUGCACGUCGGAAAUAGAAGAGAUUCAGCGGCGAAGCCACCUUCAGUGUGGCAAGACCCAUCGGAGCACAUUCUCUCAGGCAAGGGAUCAACGCUUCAACACGCAAGAAGUGUGUAUGCGUCAGGUCCAGUCGAGAUUCUGCCGGGCUUGUUCUUGGGAGAUGAACACAAUGCAUGUGAUGCGGAAAUGUUGAGCGACCUGCGCAUCACUACAAUCCUCAACGUUGCCAAAGAGACGGAACUGCCUUUCCAGAAGGAUGCGGACGUGAGCCCACUUGCAAACGCGCGCCGAAACGGUCUGCCGACUGGACCGCCUCAGUCAGCUACCUUUCCUGUCAGACCUUACCGCAGUGGCUCUCGAUCUGGCGAUGAUCUGCUGAGCCCUCAAGAAUUUUACACGCCGGUCACGUCCAUCUUUCCACCCGACACGCCGUUGCCUCCUAGUUUUUCCACGCCUACUGCAGGGGGCGCUCAUCGCAAAAGCGUGCAGUACGCAGCCUCGUCGCUCAAACUAAAGGAAGCGCAGCCCGUCACUCCGCCACACUACUUGCGUAGUACGCUAUCGACUCCAAAUCUUCAACAGUCAUACAAGGGUAUGCUGCAUGCUGAUGGAUCCUCGAACAGCCGGGAACCAAGUCCCCUGAAGCUCGGCACGCCUCGUGCUUCUGGGGCUGAUGGCUUAGAGCUGCUCUCGCAAUCAUGUGAUCGGACAGGCGAGCGCUCUGCUAGCCCGCAAGCUCAUCGGACUGCUGGAGAAGAUGCAUCAGAAGCUGGCAGUGCUGCAACCAGCUGGUCCACAUCCUCAAGUGUGGGUGGAGACGAGGCAUCAGCGAGCUGGACUUCUAGCCGGACCACGCCUUCUUCAUCACCGUCAGCUGAAGCACAUGACAUGCGAAUUGUCGAAGAAGUCCAAGAGGUGGGGGCGCCUACUAUUUCAGUCGCUGAUGAUCUAACGCCGCGCAGAGAUGAUCUUACAAGCAAGCUGUUCGACGAGCAGAGCAGCUCAGGUUCAGAAACAGAAGUCGUUUUACCGGCAGAGGCUAUUGCCCUGUCCAUUCCUGCCUCUCCUCUGGGCGGUCGGAUGCAGGCUCUUCGCUAUGUCAAGCUUCCUUGGACCCACGACGAGACAGAGCUGGCUGCUCCUGGCGGCGGCUUCAGUGUGGGGUGCGCACUCAUUGCGGAAUGUCUGCAAGUAGGAUCGUUCACUCCUGUUAAAGUCGAGGGUCACAGCGGCGGUGUAGGAGAUCAAGCGGACGUCCAAAUAAGAACCAUGCCAAAGCAACGGCCCUCGCCCGGCCGCAUCCUUGUGCAUUGCCAGUGCGGGGUAAGUCGCAGUGCGACACUGGUCAUCGCCUUUGUCAUGGAAGCAGCCGCACUCGGCUACCCUCUGGAAGGCGCUCAAGGACUGUCAGGAAUGCACGACUGCUACACGCUAGUCAAGGAUUUGUCAGCGAGCAUAUCCCCAAAUUGCUCCCUGAUUUACCAGCUGGUCGAAUGGGAGCGGCAUCUGUCUGCGGAGGUGAACAGAUUGAGAGUGGCGUUCGGCAUCGAGGGCGACUCGCACGGCGCAGACGAAGGAAGAGGGGUCACUCGCUCCGGGAUCCGACCUGCUACGGGUGGCUGGGCUGGUGAUGCCAUGGAUGAGGAGGAAUGGACACGGAUGCGUCAAGAAGAAGAGCGAAAGGAGGCUGUAGAGGAGGAUAGAAGACGCGAAGAGCGACUGGCAGCUGCGAGAGAGGCGGCCGCCCAGAAGCUGGCUGCCGAGAACCUUGCAGAUGAUGGAGACUCGAAGCGACCAGUUGAAGGAAUAGGGGCGCGCCGCAACAAAAAGACGCCAAGCCUCAAGUUGGGAGGCGCAGCAAGCUUGGCGGUGACCACGGCAGCGCCAGGUGUACUGGCGGCCCUGCCAUCGGCGAAGCCACGCAAGGGACCUCCUAAACCGCUGCAGCUCAAUGGCCAAGCCCCGCCUGUGACGACCUCUGAUCCAGCGACAAACGCUCAAGCGCCCUCUCUUGGGCUUGCGUCUGGAGCUAAAUUGCAGCCAGCAUUGAAGGAGCCCGUCCACGAAGAGGAGGAGGACGAGGCAGUAACUCCGUCGGCUAGUCAGUUCUCCGCCCUGAGGCUAGAUAAUCCUUUGGGCCCGUCUGUGGCACCCGUUCAGAAUGCCUCAAGCCCGCCGUCUGGAGCACAAGCUCAGCUCUUGCGAUCUCAAUCGGACGGAGCAGCUGUGAGGAGGACCACAAUUCGGCCUUCGCCUGAGCACAAGGCAGCACACGUAGACGAACGACUGCCUGAAGGCCAGCAGGCGAAUGGGUCACUGUCGGCAUCGAGCUCAGGUUCUUCGAUCAACACCAUCGUGGCCUCCGCAUCCAGCCCAUCAAUCUCCGAGCUACACUUCACGGAUCCCCGCCGAAAGUCUGUCCACGGACUGGGAGCUAGAACACCGAGGGCAGUGGAUCCCCGUCGUCGUUCAGUGCAGGUCGUGCCGAGCAACUCAUCGCCCCGUGCUUCCAUUGGAGCUCAUCUUGCUUCCGCCAUCGGCUUGCCCGGCACUCUGAGCUUCUCGGCCGCGCUGCUCACGCCAUCGAAGAGUCUCCAUUCUGGGUUUGGAGCGUCACGCCAGUCCGCAAGCGAGCGAAAGGACAGGCAUCGGCGAACCUUUUCUUCAGACCUGCCAGCUAGCUUGCGUGCCUUCUCUCGAGAAGUCGGCCAGAAACUCGACAGUGCCAGCGCUGCCAGGGCUGCCGCGGCAGCUUCAUCGGGCAGCACGACCUCUGCAGCAGCUCAGAAAAGGAGUUAGGUACUAGCAAUAGAUAAUCGGUUCGCCACGAUGCCCAUUUUACCAACCAUCUCUGGAGUGGUUGAUUCUCGUUCUCGUCUUCACGUAGGGGCGCAAGUGCACCAGCGCCCUCCAUCUCUCUGCAUGCUUUGUCUGCCGCCACAUCUGUACCGGUACCGCUGUUGCAAUCUGAAACCCUCCUUUCCAGCAAUUGCACUUCCUUCUUCAAAC